AUGUUUUCUCUCAACGAUCUGAAAGGUCAGAUGCCAACAACAGCAUCCACUCUGUUCUCAGCCUACGCCUCCUUCGCAACAUGCAUGAUGCUGCUCCGUUCCAUGGCCAAGGAACUCAUCCCUGAGCCUUUCUGCACCUACCUAUUCUCGGCCAUCAAUUACCUUCUUACCCCUUUCUUCUCCACCAAGUUCACUCUAAUCGUCGACGAGCACUCCGGCAUGAUACAAAACCAAGUUUACGACGCCGCCGACGUCUACCUCCGGACAAAGAUCGGCCCCUCCACCGAGCGCCUCCGUGUCAGCAAGGCGCCCGGCAAGAAGGCCAUCUCGGUCACCAUGACGAAAGACGAGGAGGUCGCCGACACCUUUGACAACGUCAAGCUCCGGUGGCGUUUCUCGUCAGAGAGCAAGAAGGUGGGCAAGAAAAACAAGAUUGUUGAGAAGCGCUUCUUUGAGCUCACCUUCAGCAAGAAGCACAAAGACAAGGUUUUGAACUCUUACUUGCCCUUUGUGCUUGCUCGAGCCGAAGCCAUCAAGGACGAGCAAAAGGUUGUCAAGCUUUACACCCGCCAUUUCUGGCCAAGCAGCAGCCACGACGAGGAGGAGGAGGAGGAAGGCAAUUCUUACUGGGGCUCGGUGAAUCUGGAGCACCCAUCUACAUUUGAGACAAUGGCCAUGGAGCCGGAGCUUAAGAGAGCCAUUGUAGAGGACAUGGACAGGUUUGUGAGGAGGAGGGAGUUUUAUAAGAAGGUGGGGAAGGCUUGGAAGAGAGGCUACUUGUUGUAUGGCCCUCCUGGUACUGGUAAAUCGAGCUUGAUUGCGGCCAUGGCUAACUAUCUCAAGUUUAACGUGUAUGAUUUGGAGCUUGCAAGUAUUUACAGCGACUCUCAUUUGAGGAGGGUGCUGCUGUCCACCACAAAUCGUUCUAUUUUGGUAAUCGAGGAUAUUGAUUGCUGCAGAGUGGAUGCUGGAAACAGGGCAGCGGAUUCGAAAUCGAAAUCAGAUUCUGAAGACAGGGCGACACUAUCAGGCCUCCUGAACUUCAUAGAUGGUUUGUGGUCAAGCUGUGGUGAUGAGAGAAUUAUUGUGUUCACCACAAACCACAGGGAUCGGCUUGACCCUGCAUUGCUGCGUCCUGGUCGAAUGGAUGUCCACAUUCACCUGUCCUAUUGCACAGCAAGUGGGUUCAGGAUCUUGGCCUCUAACUACCUUGGUAUUGCCGUUGACAACCAUCACCGCCUCUGCGGAGAAAUUGAAGGAUUGAUAGCGAGCACAGAGGUGACCCCUGCAGAGGUUGCCGAGGAGCUCACGAAGAGUGAUGAUGCUGAUUUUGCUCUUCAAGGACUUGUCAAUUUGCUAAAGUGGAAGAAUGCCGUGGCAGAGAGAAAGAAACUUGCCAAUCAAGAAGGCACGGCGCAGGAAACAAAGAUAAUUGCCAAUCAAGAAGCAACGGGGCAGGAAAUGGAUAACAAAGUUGCUGAGGUUCCAUCUACCGGAACUACACAUUCUGACGCAUGA